CCGUGAACCGCAUACUCAUUCUCAUACUCGCUCAGAGAGCACAGCUCCGCCAUCAGCUUACCGCUGCACGUACGACACUUUGGUGAACUUUUGACUGUUUGGUGGAGUGUGUGUGUUGAACCCCAAGAUGGCUUGUGAACUGGAGCCGCUAUCCCGCACCUACCAGUACCGCAAGGUCAUGAAGCCCAUGCUGGAGCGCAAGCGCAGGGCGCGCAUCAACAAGUGCCUCGACGAACUCAAGGACCUGAUGGUCUCAGCGCUACAGGCGGAGGGCGAGUCCAUCGCCAAGCUAGAGAAGGCUGACGUCUUGGAGUUGACGGUGACGCAUCUCAAGAAACUUCAGCGUCGUAACCAGCUCGCCGUGCGCCCCAUCCCUACAGAUCAAGAUAAGUUCCGGGAGGGCUACAGUCACUGCGCCUCGGAGGUGUCCCGGUGCCUGGCCUCCGUCCAGGGCGUGGACGUCACCCUCGGCACCAAGCUCAUGACCCACCUCGGCAUCUCCCUCACUAACUAUGAGAAGAGAGCGCCCCUCACCAUCUUCGUGCCUCAGGCAGAGCCUUCGCCCGCGCUCUCGUCAGCAUCCAGUGGUUACUCUUCUGCCUCCGAGCUCUCCCCCACGCCAUCCACCUCCAGCAGGAACAGUAGCAGUUCUCCCUCCUGCAGCAGCAGUAGCAGCAGGAGCAGCAGCAGCAGCAGUCCGUCUCCCCGCCCCCAGGGGCUCCUUACUAUCGCCGCGCCCUCUGGUCCCAUGUGGCGCCCUUGGUAACCAAUCAUCGUGCUCUUCAACCCUCGAGGAAGCUUCAGCCAAUGGUUUGCCAGCAACCUGUUCAACUUGUCAAAUCAGAGGUGCCGCCGACCAAUGAGGAGCGCCCCCUUCUAGCAUUCUGUGAUAGCCCCGCCCCCGGGAUCUGCUGUGAUAGGCCGACACGCCAAGUGAUACCUUCUGUGAUACGCGCCACUCGCUUCAUCAUCUCACAUUAUUCAUCAAAAUACAAAUUCAUCCAAAUAUUUAAUAAAAUAUUUAAAUUUA